CUCCCCCAAAAAGGAACCUGCGACCUAUAACCAACGGAGCGCAACGCACACACACAGACAUCCGCCUCACACAACAGGUGGAGCUCUACUCAUAGAGGAGAGCGAACGUUGUCGAUUAAAGAAGCUGUUUGACUGAAGCCUGAGAUCCUUUCAUUCAAAGUCAGAAAGAAGAGGCCCCCCCGUCCGACAUGGGGAACGACGAGAACGACUCUCAGCUGGCGGCGGGGGAGGAGGACGCGUCAAAGGAGGCGAAGCAGACGUCGUCGGUGGAGAGGGAGCCCGCCUCGGAGCUCCCCGCCGACAACAACGACCCGAUAAAGAUCUACAACUGGCACACCAGCACCAAGGGGGCGCCGGGGGACGGCAAGGGGGACGGAGGUGCGGCGGCGGCGGCGGCUUCCCCGAUGGAGAAGCCUCCGAAGAGCUCCACCACCAAGUUGAGUCGGAUUCGGAACUGGGGCAAGGCCCUGAGCGACGACCUGGGCGAAAGGGCUUUCUCUCACUCUUCUCCCGUGAAGAGCAAGAGCACCGGGGCCAAGCUGGAGAAGGCGUCCGGGGCCCAGAAGCAUCCCUUCAGGAGGGCCGCGUCAGAGCCCGCGGGGUCACUGUUCGGGACCCACGGCGGGCCCUCCGGCUCCGGCCACGCGACUCAGUCCACAGCAGCGGCCGAAGCCCCAGGGGCCUCUCCCGUGGACGGGGCCCAGAGGGCCAGCGGAGGGGCCCUCUUUAGGAAGUGCCUGAAGACGGUGUCUCAGAAGCUCAAGAGGCCGAGGCUGCAGAGUCGGCACAGCACCUCGACCCUGCUGCGUGAUGCGGGCAAGAAUGCGAGCGCGUCAGCUGAGCUACCCAGAAAACAGUGGGCCCCCCCCCUCGAGGUACCCCUGUGGGACAUUAGCAACUGUAUCCUGGAAGACGGACAGAUACUCAUCUCUCCGGAUGAUGAGCCUACGAUGUGGACCCGUAAUAGAGUCAGCAGCUCGACGUCCUUACUCAGCAUGCAGAACUUUGGUGAGAUAAAUACAGAAUGCAGUCCGGACCCGGUGAGUCAAGGAGGCGCUGCUCGGUUCAAGACCCAGGACGGCGGAGUGAGGGCACUGAUCAAACGCCGUCUUGAGGGCCGGGCAAAGAGGAACAGCACCACCCAAAUAAACGCCAUCGGACUGAGCAGCAGGCUCUACGGCUCGCGGGAGUCCGUGUCCAUUCCGGUCAGCGUAGCGGGGACCUUUGACCUUAGCACGGAUGCCAGCACGGUCAUCAGACCCGUGCACAGCUCCAUCCUCGGGGAGAAGUACUGCUUCGAGGUGAUUAACCCAGAGAACAGCCACUGCUUCGGCUGUACCUCCGCGGCCGAACGGGACCGCUGGAUCGAGGAUUUGAGGCGCGCUGCCCAGCCCAAUAAGGACAACAUUGAGCGCAGCGAGAACUCCCUGAGCCUCUGGGUGAACGAAGCCAAGGACCUGGCCCCCAAACGCCGGUACUUCUGGGAGCUCCACCUGGACGGCACCCUGUUCGCCAGAACCAGCAGCCGAGCCGUCGACAAGUGCGCCGAGCGCUCCAGCCUGGCCGGGGACGGCGUCAAUGGGGCGUCCGGGGGCCAAGGGGGUGGCAGCAGCAGCAGCAGCCAAGCCGGGGGCUUCAAGCUGUUCUGGGGGGAGUUAUUCGAACUGGACAACCUGCCCGCGGUCUCCGAGGUGACUCUGUACCUCUUCCGCGACGAAGACCCCAAGAAGAGACGCCUGUCCCGGGACGACUCCAGCCUCCACCCUCUGGGCAGCGUGGCCAUACCCCUGGCCGAGAUCCGGGGGAGGGCGCAUCAGGAGAAGUGGCAUGCCAUCGUCCCGUACAAGGCGGCAGGCUCGGGCAGCAGCAAGGAACUACUGGGGCCCCAGGCUUCCCUGCGCAUCAAGGCCCGGUUUCAGAAUCUGAAGGUGCUGCCGAUGGAGAGGUACAAGGAGUUUGCCGAGUUUGUGACCGUGGACUACGUGGAGAUGUGUCAGAGCCUGGAGCCGCUGCUGGGCGUGAAGGAGAAGGAGGAGCUGGCCGGGGCGUUGGUCCACGUGCUGCAGAGCAUUGGCAAAGCCAAGGAGUUCCUGAUUGAUUUGGGUAGUGCGGAAGUUGAGCGUCUUGGGGAGAAGGAGGCACUGAUCUUCAGAGAGAACACCCUGGCCACCAAAGCCAUUGAUGAGUACAUGAAGCUGGUGGGCCAGAAGUACCUCAUCGACACCCUUGGUCAAUUCAUCAUCGGACUAUACGCCUCAGUGGAGAACUGUGAGGUGGAUCCUCUUAAAUGCCACUCGGCUGACCUGGCCAUCAACCAAAGACACCUGACGGAGACCUGUGAGGAGGCAGUGAAGAAGAUCACCGAGAUGCACGGAUCAUUUCCUGAGGAGUUGAACAAGGUCUUCUCCAGCUGGGUGACCCAGUGUGAGGACCAAGGACGACCAGAGAUUGGCCAUCGCCUCAUCUCCGCCUCACUCUUCCUACGCUUUCUAUGUCCCGCCAUCCUCAGUCCUUCCCUGUUCGGGCUGACACAGCCCUACCCUGAGCCACUCACCCUGCGCACCCUCACUCUGACCGCAAAGGUCAUGCAGAACCUGGCCAACUUCAGACUGUUUGGAGAGAAGGAGGAGUACAUGCUCUUCAUGAAUGACUUCCUGCAGCAGCACUGGGAGGCCAUGAGAGGCUUCCUUCAAGCCGUGUCGAACCCGGACUCCGACCUUCCGAUGGCCUCCUUCGACGGCUACGUCGACCUGCCCUUGCGUCUGGCUGUGCUCCACGGACUGCUGGUAGACAUCAUCUCCAAGAAACAGCAGAACACAAUAGAGCAACUGCAUCCGCUGCCCUCCAUUCUGAACAACAUCACAGAGUCCCUAGGUUCCGGAGGUCCUUGGAUUCCUAUCAACAGUCCAAGAAAACACAAGCCAACGUACGUUCCUCCUAAACACCUCAGCAAAUACAGCCCACACCAGUCCUCCCUCCAGCAGCUUCCCAUAGAACCCAAAAGCCUGCGAGACGGGGGCGUGCACUCCCGGAGGAGCAUGAGAGAGAGGAAACCGGUCGCCAGGACCCAGAGUGCUCCACACCGGCGUCCCGGCCACAACAGAUAUGCCCUGAAGAGACAGACCAGCACGGAGGACCUGCAGGUAGACGGCCCUGAACAGGAGCACGAGCCGGGGGCCGCCCACCCACUGGACAUCUCAUCCCCGCAGACGGGGGUUAGUCUUAAGCCAACCCCUAAACCAGUUCCUUGGAUCAAACAAAAUCACAAGAAGGAGCACUGCGAGAUACAGAAGAGCGAAUACGAACAACUGGACUCAUUGGACCGGAAGCAUGCAGAAGAGCUGUCCGAGCUCCGUCUUGGGGUGGAGCAGGUGACUGAACGGGAGCUGGAGAUGGCCAAGCGUCUGGAGGACUUCAUCGCUCAGAGCAUGGAGCAGAACGAGAUGCUGCAGGCGGAGGUGCACGGGCUGAGGAACACGGUGGAGUCGUGCGAGGAGCAGCUGGCCAGCGCCACCUUCAGGCUGGGUAUGAUCGAGGAGGAGAGGGAGGAGGAUGAGAGGAAGCUGAACGUUGCCUUGGCAGCCGCAGAGCGAGUUAAUGUCUUGGAGGAGCAGCUGGCAGACAUGUUGAAGGGCCUCCACCGGCUCAAUAAGGAGGUCUGCACGGAGAACGACGAGCUGCCGCCCAGAGAGUCACACGUACACAGUGACUGAGCCCAGAUAAGGGCUGUGAAUGUGAAGUCUAAUUGUUCCAUUAUGUGUGAGGCUAGAUGACAAUAUCCUAUUUUCUCUUAAGGUCCCAUGACAUGCCACCAGGUGUGAGUGCGAUUAGCCUUACAAGCAGUGUGUGUCCACCUAGAUGUGGGACGGAUAGAUGAGCAACGUUUGCUAGUCCACUGGGUAGGCUGGUAGACUGAUCUAUGCAGCACACAUCUAGGUGGACACGCCCACUUGUAAUGGCUAAUCACACACACACCUGGGUCGGCUUAGCUCAGGAGGUAGAGCAGUUGUCUUGUAACCGAAAGGUCGCUAGUUCGAUCCCCAGCUCCUCCUAGCUGGGUGUUGAUGUGUCCUGCUCCUGACAAGCUGCCGCCUUGCAUGGUUGACUCUGCCAUCGAUGUGUCGGUGUGUCAAUGUGUGUAUUAACCGAUCUAAGUCGCUUUGGAUGAAAGUGUCUGCUAAAUGCCCUAAAUGUUAUUUCAUGGGACCGUUAGAAGAUAAGAUUCCUAUGCAAGUAGCUAACCCCAGAUGGGAAAUUUGUGAAGGCUUAGAGCUUUACCUGCCCUUAAAUUUAAAGUGACAAUAAUAUAAAAUGAUCAGCAUCAUGUCUUUGAAUAUUUUGUACAUGAAUGGAAGGCCUCCAUUCAACUAUAUGUAUUGAAAUCCAAUCGAGUAUGCAAUGCCAACUUCUUUGAUGGAUAAAUAAACUAUAAAAAAAAUAAAAAUAAAGUGUAAAUAAGUGUCAAGCGUA